UUGUGAUCAGGAUAGACUGAGCUGGCUUGCCUAAGAUGACCGUCCAUCGAUCCCUUUUGCUCCUGCUGGCAAUAGCCGCAGGAUGUGCACAGGCUAUUGCCGCGAUGUACGAGUGCAGCACACCAGAUAUUCCGCCCAUAACAGCCACCUGCCUGCUGAGAAAUGUCCGACUUGCCAGUUCAGUGGAAGUGGACAGCUUCUUCCUACGCGAUGACAUCCGGCACGUGGCGCUCCAAAUGGUGAACGGAUCGAUUCCCGAUUUUUCGCGCACACUCGGCCAAAAGCUACCAAAUGUGCAGGAUCUCACCGUGGACGGGAUGGGCGUGCAGCGGCUUUUCAUCUGGCCCGAACUGGAGCUGCUUUCCGCACGCAAAAAUGCCAUCCGUGUGGUGGACUUCGCGAGCGCCGCGCAUCGUUUGCGAUCACUACAGCUUGACGAUAACGAGCUGAGCAGUGUGCCACCGUUUGGCAGCAGGUUCAACGAGCUACAAUACCUGUCCCUAGAUGGCAACAGGCUAGAGCAGGUGGCGUUGGAUGCGUUCUCGAAGCUGGCACAACUGCAGAGCCUUUCGAUUGCACGCAACAGGUUGUUUUCGGUAGUGCUCACCGAGAACGUGCUGCCACCGGUUGUGCAAAACAUUAAGUUCCUAAAGCUCAAGACCCUCUCGUUUGCUGACAAUCGCUUGCUGACGUUAAACAUCAGCGGAUGGGAACUACCCUCGUUGGCAUCGCUCAACCUGGCCCGUAACAACCUCUACCUACUGUUCGAUACGCCCCAGCAGUUGAGCCAAUUCACGACCCUACAGCAGCUCUCGUACGCGGGAAAUGAUUGGAACUGCGAGUGGCUGAGCGACGCUCAGUUUGCCCUCGGAUCCUUGACCUUUCGUGCGGAUCACGAUCAGUCCGGACGGUGCGAACAGGAGCGCAUGAGAACGCUACGUGGCAUCUGUUGUUACGAGCCCGCGGAGCAAAACCUGACACACGAUCCGUUCGAAACUCGCUGGGAACAACUCGCCGGUUUGUGGCGGCGUUACGAGCUGGUACAGUUCGCGUUCGAUCAGGUGCAGGAUGCCGACCUGAACCUUAUCACAGAGCGAGCGCACGAGCUGCGUGGCAGGCUGGUGGGAUCGGUAGCACAGGAGCAGGAUGUGAUCACGAGUGCGAUCGUUAACAUGCGAAAUGCGGUCGCAAAUGAGAGCGCCCAGUUAGAGCGGUUGGAGGCGACCAUCGUGCGCUCUGUGGAGGAUCUUCAACUGACCAUCCAGGAACUGCAUGAGCGUGCUGUUCGACCAAAACCAACGUUGGAUGCUGUGCAGCAGCUUACGAUCGUGAGCAGUAUCGAGCAUGUUCGUGGAAGCGUUCUUUCGCUACACCAGAAAGUGCAGGCGUAUGUUUUAGAGCUUGGAAAACGCGAGGCACGUAUGCGCACUAUAACCAGCAGGAUCUCGCAGCUCGAGCAACAGCUGGUUGACACGCAACUGAUGAUUCACACACUGCAUGAACUGGUGGAUAUAGCGGAGGAUGAAGUAAAGGAAGCGUAUUACCUGAUCGAGCAGGAUGUGUUGCGGCAGCACCCGAACGUUCAGUUUGACCCCGAAACAUUGGAAGCUUAUCGAAUAAAGAGUUUAUUUCCAUAUCGUCCGUAAAACGGUUCGAUCGGUGA